AAAAUUGAGCUGCCGUCGUUGCCGUAGCCGGUGUCUUUGUUGGACAGACUGCAUAAUACUAAACUAAAAGAUGAAAGCAAUCAUUCAAAGAGUAACGACGGCUAAAGUAACAGUCGGCGACGAGCUGGUCGGUUCCAUCGGCCGGGGUCUGUGCGUGCUGGUGGGCAUAUCCAGCGACGAUAACGCCAACGAUGUCGACUGGAUGGCCCGCAAGUUGCUCAACAUCCGGCUGUUCGAGGACCCCGCCAACGGCAAACGGUGGUCCCAGAGCGUGCUGGAUCAACGGUUGGAGCUGCUGUGCGUGAGUCAGUUCACGCUGUACCACCGGAUGAAGGGCAACCGGCCGGAUUUUAGCCGGGCCAUGCAGGGACCGGAUGCGCAAGCAUUGUACGGGACGUUACUGGCUAGGUUGGGGAGCUUGUACGAGGCGGAUAAGAUCAAGGACGGCCGGUUUGGGGCCAUGAUGCAGGUUCACAUCCAGAACGAUGGUCCGGUUACGCUGGAAAUUGAGUCACCGGCGCAGAGUCAAGCCGAGCUGGACAAGUUGAAACGAGCCAACGAACACAAGGCAAAGAGCAAGAAAGAAGAAGGGGGACAGUGAAAUGUUAUUUAUUUAUGAAAGAUGUAAAACAACCGUUUUUUAAUUUUCUUCAACUGUAUUUUAUUUGUAAGUGUGUGAUAUCUUCCUAAGUUGCAAACAAACAUGAUUUUCAUAUUAUAUAUUCAACAAGAUUCAUGUUCUGCGUUACUUAUGUCAAUCUUACAAAUAAGGAAUCUACAACUAAACUGCGUUAUAUUUAAUUUUUCGCACAAAUUUUCUACUUAACACAAGAGUAAAUACUUAACUAAGUACGAUUCAGUAAGUUUGCCAAACAUAAAAAACGAAUUGAAAUCACAGGCUACACGUGGAAAUAAAAUGCAACUAAACGAGUCCAUUAAAUCGGGGGAAAUGUUAAUCUCUUCAAGAUGGCGAAGCAAAAAUAAAACCGCUGAAAAUCUAUACCGGUUCAAACUUUGAAUUUCUCAAAUGAUAUUGAUUUCUGUAAACUACCGUUGAUGGUGGGUUUUGUUGCGUGAUAUGGUUCGUCGCAAACUGGAAUUGAUUUUCAGCGGUUCUAACAAAAGUGUUUGAAUAGUCGACGAUUUGUUUUGAUUUUUAUAAAUGUUAAUUUUAAGAUAGCAUUCGCUUCAACGGUUAUCGAAUC